UUCCUUUUCCCUUGUUUUUUGGUCAAGGUGUCUGUGUUUUUUCAUUAUUUAGCCCUUUUUUAAGUGAUUUUGCCCGAAAAAAUUCUACAAAAUGGUGGGAAAACGCAAUGGUAUGAUUCCGAAUGCCCAUUUUCAUAAAGAUUGGCAACGAUUCGUGAAAUGUUGGUUCAAUCAGCCGAUGCGAAAAAAACGCCGUCAUCAAGCACGUGUGGCUAAAGCUCGAUUGGUUGCUCCAAGACCAACGGAAAGACUUGCACCAUUAGUUCAUUGUCCUACGAUCAAAUAUAAUUCAAAAGUUCGUCUUGGACGUGGUUUUACUAUUGACGAACUUAAAUCGGCUGGUAUUCCGCGACGAUUUGCUCCAACCAUCGGAAUCAAAGUAGAUUACCGACGUAAAAAUCGUUCUGUCGAAUCGAUUCAACGAAAUGUUGCUCGUCUCAAAGAGUAUCGAUCUAGAUUGAUUUUGUUCCCAAAGAAUUCCAAGAAAUUGAGAGCAGGUGAAUCGAGUGCCGAAGAAAUCAAAUUGGCCCGACAAGUGACUGGAACAAUCUUCCCGAUUGUUAAGAGCAAGAAAUCAUUGAAAUCGGAAAAGGCAAGAGUGCCAACCGAAUCGGAAAAGAAAUUCCAUGCUUAUCAUUCGCUUCGACGAGCUAGAGCCAACAAACGUUUGAUUGGUGUUCGCGAAAAGAAGGAAAAAGAAGCAGCAGAAUCGUUGGAUGCACCGAAAAAGAAGUGAAACAAAACAAGACAAUGAUCUAUUUUUUCAAUUUUUUGCUUUAUUAUAACUUGAAAAAAUUGCAAGUCAAUA